GCAGCAGCUUGUUAAGGGAGUGGGCUGUUCCGGACUGCAAGCGUGUUUGGGUUCUCGCAGUGUUUAUGCUUUGCUCGGGCACUGCUGUGUGAGAAAAGAUGUCCGCCUCCAUAGUAAGGGCUACAGUGAGAGCUGUCAGCAAAAGGAAAUUGCUCCCCACAAGGGCUGCAUUAACUCUGACUCCUGCUGCUGUUAACAAAAUAAAACAACUUCUUCAGAAUAAGCCCGACUAUGUUGGGCUAAGAGUAGGUGUACGAACUCGAGGAUGUAAUGGACUUUCAUAUACGUUGGAUUACACAAAGGAAAAGGGAAAAGCAGAUGAAGAAGUACUUCAGGAUGGCGUUAGGGUUUUCAUUGAGAAAAAGGCCCAGCUUACUCUUCUAGGAACAGAAAUGGACUAUGUUGAAGACAAAUUGUCAAGCGAGUUUGUUUUUAAUAACCCAAAUAUCAAAGGCACCUGUGGAUGUGGGGAGAGCUUCAGCAUUUGAAAACACAUCUUGCUGAUCCAAAGACAAUGUCCUGUUGUUCUAAAAUACACUGCACUGCAAGGAGUCCUUUUCCUUUUUUGACUUCUUAGGUUACACACACAUCUUUCCUACAAUCUGUUAAUAUUUUUCCUGCUCUUAAAUGGCGAAGAGACAAAUAACUACAGGUAUGAGAAUCUAACAGUACCAUAAAAGAUUAAAAUGUUUAUACCACAUGCUGUUGUUAAAUAAUAUCAAUAACUAAUUAUACAGGGUUUAUUUGCAAGAUAUGGCUUGUAGUAUUACCUCUUCUAGUUUACUUUUGUAUUAAAUUGAAUGUCUUACUCUUGCAGAGGCAUGGUUAAGUUGGACAGCUAUUUGUGUUUAUUUCAACUUAAACCUAACAGUGUAGAACUGAUUUUUCAUCUGUUUUGUUUAUAGCCUGCAUUGCCAUGCCUUCUUUUAAACCAGAGAAGGUGGCUUGCAAAAUGUAAGUUGUAAGCUUAUAUGCACUUGCAGAUGAAAUCACGAUUACGGUAAAAUCAAACUUUUACGUAUCUGGAAGGCAGUAGAUGCAGAAAUCUGAAAUUGUUUUGGCAUACAGUUUACAAAAGCUGAAAUCCGUUUCUACACGAUCUCCUCUUCUCUUUCUAAUUUAAGUAUUUCCGUACUCUGUUGUGGGGGGAGAACUGUCAAGAAUCUCAAGACAUUUUUAGAGUGCACAAUUGCUGAUUUUGGAAUAUAUAUUGGAUGUGGGAGUGAUUUGCUUUUUUAUCCUUUCCCCUGCAUCUUCUUUUUUCUCUGAAAAGUGUGGAAUUAAAAAAAAAAACGCAGCAUUAACAUGAAUUAUAAAUCAUUUAUAUAAUGUGGUAUAAUUAAUUAUCCUCUAUAUAUAGUGAGAAAAUACAAAACAAUAUGAUUGUCUGAACAGUUAACAUUCAAAAAAGAAUAUUCUAGCUUGUUCUCUUUUUUUGUGAUUUGGUUUCUGGAGAAUAAUCUUAAAAUCUUGGUAUCUGAUUUACUUUCUUACCAUAGAGAACAAUUUUCAGCAGUGGCAGAUUUAUUUUGGAUCCACGUUUCAGAAUUGAGAUGAACGCACAGUGCUUGAUGUUUUACUUUGUCUGUUCCUUUGAAAUCAAGAAAAGACGCUUUCAUGAUUUCGCCAAAUACUCUCUUGCAGCCCUUUGUGUGUUUCUAAUCGUAAAGUGUUGACUUCAACAACCGGUUAGAAAAAACAAUAAAAUUGAAGAAGCAGUUAAAGUUUUUUUCAAAACAUCCAGGUGUGCAUGAUUUAUAAUGCUAAAACACACAACCUAAUCUAAAAUUGUAAAACCUUUAAUUAUCUGUUGAUUUGCAAAUUUAAUAAUGAGAAACACAGCCUAAUAAUUUAACCCAAGUCUGUCAACAGCUUGACCAAUGAAAAGUAAUAAAACAAAAGCCUAUUCUUAGACCUCAUUUAAAAGCUGUAUAAUUGAUUACUUAUUUCAAAUUAUUCUUUCAAAGUGUUUUAAUGUACACACUUCUUGUGUAAACAGUGAUGUAGGGUAAACGGCAACAGUGAUAUGCUGUGAAUAAGUGGUUUGUAAGGAAUGUAAAUUGUAAAUGUAACGCACAAAUAUUAUUAUAUUCCUUGCAUACAAAUAGUAAAAUAACAUUCAGGAGCCAGUACUGUAAGAUGUUGAAUUAAAUAUGUUAUUAGAACUUCAGAAUUGUAACUUUAUAAUGUGUAUGUGUAUUUACAAAUUGUCAUAGUUAAAUAAAGUUUGAGAGUGUCUCCA